AGAGGCUUCUGCCGCGCACCGAGAGGACCGAGCGGAAUAAAAACUCCAGUUUCCUCCGUUUUGUGUCCACACAGCGAAGAAACACAAAACUUCAUCCGACAAGUUCCAGUUAUGGAUCCUCGAUUCCUAUUUUGACGGGAGUCUGCAGUCGCGAUAUAGCUCAGUGCCGCGAGUUCGAUGUGUUUAUUGGCAAAGUAAAGGGAUUGCAGCACGUUAAGCAACGGAGGAAUUAGUAUUUUUGCCAGGCUGAUAGUGUGGCGACAGUUCCGAGGUGGGCUGCCCCUGCUCCGUUCGCGGGUCCCUGUCGAGGGGGUCCACGGCAUCGGCGUCGACCGCAGCCGGAGUUUCCGAGUCCCCUCGGGUUUCCGCGCCUUGGGCUUUCUGUUGGUGAACUUGCCCGGCGGUAAGGUGCAGCCACGCCGGGGGAAAGGCGCAGAGCGACGGCCGCGGCUCUCCGGCUAGCUCGCCUGCUGCUUCUGUCUCGAAUCGAGGCCUUGUCGAUGAGGCGACAAUGCUCGACAUAAUGUCUGAGCACCAAGAUUCACUGUUGACAUGUAAAACGGAACCUCUGCCCCCAGAGAGGAAAAAGAGGACGGUUGAGGACUUCAACAAGUUCUGCAGCUUCGUCCUGGCUUAUGCUGGUUACAUCCCCAGUCCGAAAGAGGAAAGCUCAUGGUCCCCGACGUCGUCCAGCUCGGCGCACAGCUCGGGGUUGUCGGCCGACGGGGGCCGAGGCGGCAGCAGCUCCAUGGGCGGCGCCUGGGCGGACGGCAGCUCCGACAUCCACACCAUCCACACGUUCGUCCGCAAGGCCCGAGCGAACAAGGGCAAGAACAUUCGCCGCAUGCACUCGGACAGCGCCCUGCUGGACAAGAUGCGCCUUAAGGACUCCUUGUACGAGAGCCAGGCCAGCUCGAAGGCGGAGCGCAAGAAGGACAAAAAACUGAAAAAGCUGUCGCUGGGCUCCGCCAUGGCGGCGGCCGACAGCGGCAGCAGCGAGGGCGAGAAGCGAGCGCGCAUCAAACGCAGCAAGAACUCCAAACAGCCCAAAGCCAAGAAGCUCAAGAGCUCGGCGCCGCAGAGCGAGACGGACUCCGAGGCCAGGACCGCGCACGGCGAGGCGCGGCCGGGCCGGGAGGAGCUGCUGUCGGAGCACGGGGGCUCCUCCUCCAGCACGCAGGGGCUGGGCAAGGGGCCGCCGGACGAGGCCAUGAGGGACGCCGAGAUGAGCUCCAGCGAGGGGGAGACCUGGAUCGCCGACGAAGACAUUAUGGUGGAGUCAGGGGACGACUCCUGGGACCUGAUCACCUGUUACUGCGGGAAGCCGUUCGCCGGCCGGCCCAUGAUCGAGUGCAACCAGUGCAGCAUCUGGGUGCACCUGUCCUGCGCCAAGAUCAAGAAGUCCAACGUCCCCGACAUCUUCUACUGCCACAAGUGCAGGGACUUGCGGCGGUCGGGCCACAAAAAGGACACCUAGAGACGAGAGGGGACGGGGACGAGCACUCGGCCACGCCCCUCCCCCCCUCCUCCCUCCCUCCCUCCCCCCCGUUUUCGUUUUGUUUCUUUGACACUUAACUUUCUGUGAUGCCUAUAGCCAAAACAGCCUGAACUGUGAGCAGAACGACAGCCGGACGGUCCGUUUUGUAGGAUUUCUGUUGACAAUCACAACCAUUCUUAUUUAUCCCUCAGUUUUUUUUUUUUUGUGUUUUUUUUUUUUGUUUUGUUUCUUUCAUUUUAUUUCUACUAUUGGGCUGCUGGAGAAUCAUCCGCUCUGACCGUCACCACCCAUUUGUUCCUUCUCUAAUUGGCUUUACAGGAAUCUGCCGGACUGUGUUUGGCGUUUUUCGGCUCUUGAUGCUCCCCCGAAGGUGCUUUCUGAAUUAUUUCUUGAGGAUAUUGAGUCGGUGAAAGCCACUGGAGGAGCUCCGUUCUAUUGGAAAAGGCAUUUCUUUUAGACUCGUCUCCACAUUGAAAUUAGAAAGUGGAAAAUGUCACUCCUGUUUUUUGCCAGAUUGACGGCUCCUUUUUUUUAAUUUCUGGUGGUUUUGUGGGAAUCUAAUUGAAAAUUUUUACUCAAAAUUGGAGUCAUCACCCCUCAGAUCUGUUUGAUUUGUAAGAACCGGCUGAGAUUUAUUUUAUUUACAUCAGCAAAAAGUGUCAGGACAACUCUUCCAGCGGAGCACUUCUUACAGCAGAGAGCGGUGAAAACCUGCUCACCACCGAGCGCUUAAUGUUUCCCCCUCGUUCGUUGAUCUCUGACCGCCAUCCACACCGACAACGCUAACAGAAAGCAGUCUUGGUUCCCUGCUUUUAUUUUAUAUCGGGUUGUCAGAGGGGCGUGAACGUCGCCGCACGGCGGAUUCCUGAAGAGGCUCCGAGGCUCGUCAAUGAAUGGUUGUAAAAUAUUUUGUUUUUUUUUUUUCUUUCUCAAGUAUUUGUUUAUUUCUUAGCUUUCUGAAAAGAGAACGGAUGUUGAAACUGUCUCACAGCGAGAACAAAAGCCGUAGUGUAAAGAUUUAAGUUGAGGCUGUGUAGGUUGUGGCAUUUCCUUUUUUUGUUUACAUUGGUUUUACAUGUGUUUUUCUUUUUUUUUUUUUGUUUGUUUGUUUGUUGUUUUUCCUUUUGGAGAGAGUCUUGUUCGGUCUCCAGUAGCAGUUGCACUCUCCACACAAACUUUCAAACCUGUACAUAUCCUGUUCUUUCGACGACUUGUACAUAUGUUAAAGUGAAGAGAAUACCCAAUCAAAUUCUAUAUUUUCUGCAGUCUGAUAUUGUUUUCUUUUAACUGUAGCUUGAAAAUAAAAGUCUUUGGGAACAUAA